AUGUUUUUUUCAGAAACCACCGGAGUCGUUCGUGCUCCCACAUUUGAUGAAAUCAAUUUAAACAAGUUUGACCGUCCAGUCAAGGACAUUCUCGAAGACGGUCCUUUUUGGCUAGAUGUUUGUCAACCUACUCCAACAGAAAUGUUUAAUAUCAGUAGGGCAUUUGGCAUUCAUCCCCUCACUGACGAAGAUAUUCAAACUCCAGAUACCCGCGAGAAAUGUGAAGUGUUCAACAACUAUUACUUUGUUGUCAUUCGAUCGUUUGAACAAGAUCAUGCUAGCUCAAGGUUCAUGGCUCCUAUUCCAGUCUACAUUGUCAUUUUCCGUGAAUGCGUCAUUUCUUUUCAUUUCAGACCAAAUCCGCAUGCAAGCAAUGUACUGAAUCGUAUCGACCAAUUGCAUGCAUAUGGAUUGCAAGUUACCACAGGCAAGUAUUUACACUGGAUCAACUAUGCGCUUAUUGACGAUAUUACCGACAGUUUCAUUCCGUUAAUUAAAUUCAUCGAGUUGGAAGUCGACAACAUUGACGAGCUCGUUCUCAUUCUCAAGGAAUCUGAACAAUCCGACAUGUUACGGCGGAUUGGACAUGCUCGAAAACAAGUCACUCAACUUCUUCGACUUCUUUCUACCAAAGCCGAUGUUGUUAAAAUGGUCAUUAACCGCUGUAUGGAGCGGCUUGCUCCUGAUUCUGAAACUCGUCUGUAUUUAGAGGAUAUUCACGACCAUGUCAUUACUAUGAUGCAAAAUCUGCUGCAUUCGGAAAAGACAUUGGGUAGAUCGCAUUCAAAUUAUUUGGCACAGAUUUCUAUUGAAAUCACUCAAGCCUCCAAUCGUACUUCUGAUGUAGUGAUGCGUAUGACUGCCUUGGCUAGUAUUCUGGUACCGCUCAAUGUUGUUACUGGUCUUUGGGGAAUGAACGUCCAAGUUCCUGGGCAGGAAGUAGAUGGACCAGUCGAUUUGCGAUGGUUUUUUAUGAUUUUAGCAGGCAUGACAAUUCUCGCUGCCUUUAUAUUUUACAUUAUGCGCAAAGUAAAAUUAGUAUAA